AUGUAAAUUAACUAAUUGCCAUAAAAUUGUAAGGAUAGAUUAGCAGAUUUGGAGGCUCGUAUUCUAAAGAAACCAAAAGUUGAAAUUUUGGAGGCUUUCUAGAAAGGAAAUUCUUUUGAGGUUUUUUCUACUUAAUAAGAGCAGAAAUUAGCAACAAAAUAAUUAUCUUUAUAAGGAACUCCUCGUAAGAGUUGUAGUGAUCAAACACUCUUUCGUUAAUUAUAAAUUACAUAGUUUACAAAAAAUAUGUAGAGGAAAUAAAAUUAUAAUAAUAAUUUUGAUUUAAAUGGAGAUGAAUAAUAAAAUGCUGAAUAAAUAUUAAAAGAGAAAUUGAAUAGAAUAAGAAUAUAAGAUAUACGUAUAAAAGAACUAGAGACAAGAUUAAGUGAGUUGAAUUAAGAAUUAUAAGUAUUAAUAUAUUUAAGAUAUAAAAAAGGAAUAGAAGGAUUAAUAAUUUAAGAGUGAAGGUGUAAUAAAAUAGUUUGUAAUUGAAUUGGAUUAAUAUGAGAGAGCAUAGAUUGUAAUGGAGAUAGAGAAGAAUAGAGAGAGAUUAGGAGAGUAUUCUUAUUAAAGAGAGAAGACAUAAAUAUAGGAAGUUUGGAAGGAUGGAAGAGAAAUUAAGUAAAUUAAAGAGAAAUUGAAAUUGAUAAUAAAUUAGAAAGAAGAAAUAGAAAACAGAAAGAAAUAAUUUUAAUUUCAAUCUUCAUCUGAAUACUUGAAAUAUGUAUUAUUGUCUAAGGAAGAAUAAUAAUUAUAAGAGGAAUUGAAUCGUUUAGAGAAUGAGAGAUAGAUAUUUUUAAAAUAAUUGAGAAGGUAAUAUGAUGAGGAACGUGCUAGAUUUAAAAAGUUUAAUGAAUAUCGAAUAAUAGGAGAGAGAUAUGUUCUGUUAUAAUUAUUGGGUAGAGGUGGUUUUAGUGAAGUGUAUAAGGUAUUAUGAUAUUUAUAUUUAGGGAUAUGAUUUAAAAGAAUUAAAAUAUGUUGCUUGUAAGAUUCAUUAAUUAAAUCCAGAUUGGUCAGUCACCUCAAAAUCUAAUUAUGUUAAACAUGCUACAAGGGAAUAUAAAGUUCAUAGAGAAUUGUUACAUCCUAAUAUAGUUAAAUUAUAUGAUUCAGUUGAAAUUGAUGUAAAUACUUUUUGUACAGUUCUAGAAUAUUGUGAUGGAUGUGAUUUAUCCAUCUAUAUUAAAAGAUAUAAGUAUUUUUAAGAAAAAGAAGCUAAAUUAAUUAUUUAAUAGGUACUUAAUGCUCUUAAAUACAUUCAUUAAAGUAACAUCAUUCAUUAUGAUAUCAAACCAUAAAAUAUAUUAUUUCAUCAAAAUGAAAUCAAAUUAUCAGAUUUUGGUUUAUGUAAGGUUGUUGAUGGUGAUAAAUCUAAAAUGGAAUUAACUUCAUAAGGAGUAGGAACUUAUUGGUAUUUACCACCAGAAUGUUUUCAUACAGGAGAAUAACCACCUAAUAUUUCAAAUAAGGUUGAUAUUUGGUCUUUAGGAGUCAUAUUUUAUGAAAUGCUUUAUGGAUUAAAACCAUUUGGAUAAGGAUUUAGUUAAGAAACUAUUCUAAAAGAAUAAGUAUUUAUAAUGUUAUAAUAUAGAUUAUUUUAAAAUCAGAGAAUGUUAAUUUUCCUACAAAACCACAUGUAUCUAAUGAAUGUAAAGAAUUCAUUAAAGGAUGUUUGAAUUAUUGUUAAACAGAAAGGUUUGAUAUUGUUCAAGCUUGCAAUCAUUAAUACAUAUAGCAGAGAAAAUGA